CAUGGCCCCGGGCUGGGGCUGGGGCUGGGGCUGGGGCUCGGGCUGCGGCUCGGCCGCGCUGGUGCUGGGCUCGGUGCUGCUGUUCCGCGCGCUGCAGCGGGCGCUCGGCCGCCUGCCGCUGCCCGCCCACGUGCGCGGGGACCGGACGCGGACCUGGCGCUGGCGCAACCUGCUCGUGUCGUUCGCGCACUCGGUGCUGAGCGGGCCCUGGGCCGUGCUGGCCGUGCUGCAGGCCCCCGAGAUGCUGACGGACAUCGAGCGGCCCUGGUCCGCCUCGGGCCACGUCCUCGUCUGCUUCUCCGCAGCCUACUUCAUCCACGACUCGCUGGACAUCGUGCUGAGCCGCCAGGCCCGCGCGUCCUGGGAGUACCUGGUGCACCACGCCAUGGCCAUCUCCGCCUUCCUGUCGGGCACCUUCCAGCGCCGGUUCCUGGGCGCGGGGCUGCUGUCGCUCUUCGUGGAGGUGAGCAACAUCUUCCUGACCAUCCGCAUGCUGCUGAAGCUCAGCAACGUCCCGGCGCCCGUGCUGUACCGCGUCAACAAGUACGUCAACCUGGUGAUGUACUUCCUCUUCCGCCUGGCGCCCCAGGCCUACCUGAGCUGGUGCUUCCUGCGCCGCGUGGAGCAGCGCGGCCUGGGCGCCUUCCUCACCGUCAACCUCUGCCUGCUCAACGUCAUGAUCCUCACGUACUUCUCCCGCCUGCUGCGCUCCGACUUCUUCCCGCACUGGCGCAAGCGCCCCGGGGCGGGCGGCGAGAAGAAGUUCCUCGCGGAGUGAGCGCGGCCGGGGCCGGCCGGGGGCUCGCACACGCGUCCGCACCGACGUGCCUUGGGGCCGGGGCAGCCGCGGGCUCUGCCUUGGGGCCUCGCCGCCCUGCCCCGCGCGCCCGCCGGGCUCCCCGCGGGGCUGGGCAGGUGCGGAGGGUCUGCAUCCCGGGGCUGGGGGAAGGGGGUCUCCUGCACCCGGGGGUGUUGCACACAUUAAACACGGUUGUUCACCGCU